UUCGUUCAACAAGUGGGUUGUUUUUCGUUCUGUGGUUCCGUGCAACUGGCUUAAUUUCGGGGCAACAUUCCUUUAUUUUUUGUUGAUGUUUUUCUGGUAAAAAUAAACUAACAGCAUCUGUUACUUUUUUCCCAACAUGUCGACCUUCUCCUUGAAAUGGUCAAAUAAAAAUUGCGACGGAAUCGAUCAUCAAAAGUACGUACAUAGGAUUACGAAAACGCUUUAUUAUGGAAAGUUGCCGAAAACCGAACGGCUCAGCUUGCCCGUAACAGAGCUCGCCGCAGAACUAUUUUCUGAAGCUCAACGUGGAAACUCUUUGAGCAGGCUUCAUUUGAACACUGCGUCUGAAAUAUCGAGAAACGCCUGUGUGUCACCUUGUUCCCUUAUACUUGCUAUACUAUAUUUGGAGAAGUUGAAAAUAUGCAAUCCAGAAUACUUGCAACGAAUAAGUCCCUCCGAUUUAUUCCUAGUUUCUCUGAUGGUAUCCAGUAAAUACCUUUUUGAUGAUGGUGAAAAUGAUGAAGUUUUUAUGGAUGAAUGGGCUGCUUCUGGAGGUAUAGCUGUUCCUGAACUUGCUAAGCUUGAAAGAGAAUUUCUCAGUGCAAUUGGAUGGGAAAUUUUUGUGAGAGAUACAAUGUUUUGGAAGAAAUUGAAUCAAAUUGAGACGCACUUAGCAGAACGGGAAGGUAAACAAAGGGGAUUUUUCACUUACACUGAACUGAUGAAUUUAGCGAAAAUUAUUGAACUCCAAGCAUUAAUCCAGUGUAUUGUUGCAAUGGUGGCCAUACUAACUAUGACAUAUACUUUGGGUGUUUUAUCUGUUGCUGGCUCAUUUCAUGCUGUUAAAUUUAUCAAUGAAAAUUCACUUAAGGAAGUUCAGAUGAAAACAGAGGUUGUUAAGAUGGAUAAAAUCUGUAAGCAAGAGUGUCUCAAUGAAACGGGGAAAAAUUUUUCACAUUUUGAAUCAAAAAAUACAGAAACAGCACAGGUUUUGAGAGCUUCCUUAUUUCUGGCUUCCAUCAACACUUUUGUGAUGCCUUAUUGCGACUCCAACUGCUCUAGCGAAGAAAAUGUAUGCUUGGAUGAAGUUGAACACAAUUCUUGGGAAUGGUGGAAUAUACCUACUAUGAAAUGGCUUACUGAGAACUCCCAAGAACUUUUCUACAUCUCCGAUAUAAAUUAUAUUUAUAAAUACUUCAUAAGAUACUUAGAACUAUUAUUCAUAACAUUCCACGACUUGGAAAUUGGAAAUCACAUAAAUAUGAAAAAAUCUACUAAAACUAGGAUACAGGAUCAGAUGGAAAGUUCCUGGCACAAAGAAUGGAUUGAUAGCUUGAAAAAUGAAGCUUCCUACUGAUCCCACUUUGUAACCCCCAGACAGAAUAAUUUUUUAUAAAACUGUAUCCAUAUCCUAAAUAAAAAAAUUCAACCUA